AUGGACGAAAUCACAGCACGACUCAAGAACAAAGACCCCUUAAUACAGAAAAAAGCUGCCAACGAUCUAAAAGUAGUGGUCGAAGGUCAGCCAAAUGUUUUGAACGAAGCUAACAAACGAAUAUUUGAAAUGAUGCAAGGAGAUGUACCUGAUAAGAUUGGUGGAAUCCUCGCUAUCGGUAUGGAAGUCUUACUUAAAUCAAAGAUUGAUAGAAAGGAACAUGCACUCAUCAACAACAAUAUUGAAACCACAACUCUAGCACGCUUCACAAAUUACUUGAAAAUGGUAUUGCCAGGCGCUGAUGCUCAAAUUAUGGUAUUGGCAGCACGGGCAUUGGGUCGAUUGGCAGUUCCAGGCGGUGCUGUUACAGCAUUAUUUGUACAAAACGAAGUAAAUUCUGCAUUAGAAUUCUUACAAGGAGAUAGACACGAAUCAAGACGCUAUGCAGCUGCACUUGUAUUACGAGAAUUGGCUCGAAAUGCGCCCACCUUAAUAUAUACUCAUGUACCACAGAUCCUUGAUCUGAUAUGGAUUGGUCUUCGCGACCAAAAAGUGGUUAUAAGAGAAGCCUCUGCAGAAGCCUUGAGUGCUUGCUUACAAAUUAUAUAUGAACGAGAAAGCAGUAUGAGGAUGGAAUGGUAUCGAAAGAUAUAUGAUGAAGCUUUCAAAGGACUAAAAUCAAACAACAUUGACCAAAUUCAUGGGUCGCUAUUAGUCUAUCGUGAAUUACUACAACAUGCAAAACCAUAUAUAGCAGAAAAAUAUAAAGUCGUAUGCGAUUCUGUUCUGCGGCUUAAAGACAAUCGAGAUGGGCUUAUACGGCGCACAGUCAUCUCCUUAAUACCGGAUCUUGCCAACUUCAAUUCAUCAGAGUUCAUAGCAACUUAUCUCCAAAAAUGUAUGGCACAUCUACUUAACCAAUUAAAAAGGGAUCGAGACCGCUCAAUAUCCUUUACUGCAAUUGGUCAGGUCGCGUGUGCUGUUGGCAGUAAUAUGGGACCUUAUCUCGACUCUAUAUUGAGUAAUGUGAAAGAAGGACUCUCGUUAAAAGGGAGAAAUCGGGUUGGAAAUGAAGCACCGAUAUUUCAGUGCAUAGGAAUGUUAGCCAGAGCAGUCGGACAAGCUCUCACAAAACAUAUGCACGAAUUACUUGAUUUGAUGUUUGCUUGCGGACUGAGCGAGCCACUCCGAGCUGCAUUAAUGGAAUUAGCUUCUUACAUUCCACCUUUAUUAAAAACAAUUCAAGAUCGUUUGCUGGAUAUGCUAUCGAUGACACUAAGUGGACAACAUUUCCGUCUACCCGGAACUUCUCCUUCUGAUGCAAACGAUAUUAGGAGACAUUAUGUCGCCCAAAUAUCCGAGAUGAAAGAUAUUGAGACUAUAACAUUGGCUCUGAAUACUUUGGGAAGUUUCAAUUUCGAAAAUCACACUUUGAACGAAUUUGUAAAGGAUUGUGUAGUGCGCUAUCUGGAAACUGAUAAUGUCGAAGUACGAAAAGCUGCAGCAUUUACAUGUUGCCAACUAUUCGCACGUGAUCCAAUUCUGGACCAAAUCAGUAGUCACUCUAUACAAGUGGUCAACGAAGUACUUGAAAAGCUUUUAGCAGUCGGUGUUGCUGAUCCAGAUGCAUCAAUACGAGAGACAGUCUUGUCGAACCUCAAUAAAAAAUUUGACCGACAUCUAGCACAAGCCGAAAAUAUUCGUUCUUUAUUUAUUGCAAUGAAUGACGAAGUUUUUGUUAUACGUGAGAUCACAAUAUCUAUUAUUGGUCGAUUGGCAGCACAUAAUCCAGCAUAUGUGAUGCCUUCUUUGAGAAAAACAUUAAUUCAACUUUUAACAGAACUCGAGUAUUCAUCAGUGAGUCGAAAAAAGGAAGAAAGUGCACGAUUAUUAAGUUUAUUAGUUUCAGCAUCACAAAAGUUAAUCAAGCCUUAUGUCGAAUCAAUUCUCACAGCACUGUUACCGAAAUCACGAGAUCCAAGCCCAGCAGUCGCUUCUAGUGUAUUGGCAGCUCUUGGUGAACUAGCACGAGUUGGAGGAGAAGAUCUGAUUCCUUUCUUGGAUGAUUUAAUGCCUCUGAUUAUCGAUGCAUUGCAGGAUCAAGGCUCGAUUACAAAAAGGGAUGCAGCAUUAAAAACUCUUGGGCAACUUGCAAGCAAUACCGGCUUUGUGAUCGAACCGUACUUGAAGUACCCUCAAUUGCUCAAUAUUUUAAUAAACAUUUUGCAAACUGAGACUUCUACAUCUAUAAGACGAGAGACUGUGAAACUAGUUGGUAUACUUGGCGCAUUAGAUCCUUACCGACACAAGAUAACAAUUGUCUCUUCUGACGAGGCAAUGUCUGAUCCUAAAUCUUCGAAUUCAGAUGUUUCUCUGCUUAUGAUCGGAAUGGGACCAUCUUCUGAAGAUUAUUAUCCUACGGUCGUAAUAAACGCGUUGAUGAGGAUACUACGAGAUCCUUCGUUAGCCAUUCAUCAUACUGCGGUAAUUACGGCUGUCAUGUAUAUUUUCAAGACGCUUGGCUUGAAAUGCGUUCCAUUUUUACCUCAAAUAACACCGGCCUUUUUGGGUGUAAUGCGAACAUGUCCAAAUGGAAUGCUUGAUUUCUAUUUUCAACAACUAAGCAUUCUCGUCUCAAUAGUUCAACAACACAUACGAAACUACCUAACAGACAUUUUUCAAUUGGUCAAAAGUUACUGGAAUCCAAGUGCACCAAUUCAAAUAAUGAUCAUCAAUCUUGUGGAGGAAAUUGCUCGUGCACUAGACGGCGAAUUUAAAAAUUACCUGCCGAAACUUUUGUCUGAUUUACUGCAGAUUUUUGAAGAAGAUAAGAGCGACAAACGGCAACCAACACAAAAAGUUUUACAUGCGCUUGUGGUUUUUGGGACUAAUAUUGAGGAAUAUAUGCAUUUAAUCAUUCCGAUGGUGGUAAAACUUUUUGAAAAGCAAGAAGUUCUGCUUUCUUUGCGAAAAUCAGCAAUAGUCACAAUUGGACAAUUAUCAAAAAAAGUGAAUUUCUCGGAUCAUGCAUCAAGAAUUAUACAUCCUCUUGCUCGAGUCCUUGCUGUGCCAGUGUAUGAAUUGAGAAUGGCUGCGAUGGAUACACUUUGUGAUCUCGUCUAUCAACUUGGCUCGGACUAUGCGAUAUUCAUUCCAAUGAUCAAUAAAGUACUACAAAAGCAUCGAAUUCAACACCAAGUUUACGAAAUCUUAGUUUCGAAAUUAUUAAAAGGAGAGGCGUUACCCCAAGAGUUCGGAUCAGAGGAACGAUACAAUGAAUCAAAGGCAGAAGAGACUCCUGCAGCUGAAGCAAGUGCCAAAAAACUUCCAGUCAAUCAGCAACAUCUCAAAAAUGCAUGGGAGUGUUCGCAAAGAUCAACCCGCGAUGAUUGGUCCGAAUGGAUUCGUCGAUUAAGCGUUGAGUUACUUAAAGAAUCACCAUCACAUGCACUAAGAGCAUGCGCAAGUUUGGCUGGAGUCUAUCAUCCCUUGGCACGUGAACUAUUUAAUGCUGGAUUCAUAUCUUGUUGGUCAGAGCUUUAUUAUCAAUACAAAGAUGAGUUGGUGCAAUGCCUUAUUUCUGCGUUGAGGUCACCAAAUAUUCCGCCUGAGAUUGUUUCGACGAUACUUAAUUUAGCCGAGUUUAUGGAACAUUAUGAUAAAUCUCUCCCCAUUGACAUUCCAAUGUUAGGCUCUUAUGCCGAAAAUUGUCACGCUUAUGCAAAAGCACUCCAUUACAAAGAACUCCAAUUUCUCGCUGAACCUUCGACUGAAACAAUAGAAAAACUAAUCCAAAUUAACAAUCAAUUACAAUUACCGGAUGCAGCUAUCGGUAUAUUGACGCAUGCUCAACAGAAUCCAAAUCUUCAAGAUCUACAAUUAAAAGAAAACUGGUAUGAAAAGUUAAACCGAUGGGAUGAUGCUCUAGCAGCCUAUGAGAGAAAGAGAAUCGAAGACCCUAAUGAUUUCGAGGCAACUAUGGGCGUUAUGCGAUGUAUGAAUGCUCUUGGUGAUUGGGAAGGUCUUUCUUCGUUAGCUCAAGAAAAAUGGACUGAGGCUUCUGCGCCAAUGAGAAAACAAAUCGCCGGAUUAGCUGCUGCAGGUGCAUGGGCUUUAGGACAAUGGGGAUCAAUGGAUGACUAUAUCUCCACGAUGAAACAAGAAUCUCCAGAUCGUACCUUUUUCCAAGCAAUCUUAUCCUUACACAAGAAUCAGUAUGGAGAUGCAGUCCGACAUAUCGAUAAAACUAGAGAUUUGUUAGAUACAGAAUUGACAGCAUUAGUUGGCGAAAGUUAUAAUCGCGCAUAUAAUGUUGUAGUUCGUGUCCAAAUGCUUGCUGAAUUAGAAGAAAUUAUAACAUACAAACAAUUUGCUGAUCAACCAGAUAGACAAGCAACAAUACGAAAAACAUGGAUGAAGCGUUUAAAAGGAUGUCAACGAAAUGUAGAAGUAUGGCAAAGAAUCCUCAAAGUCCGUACCUUAGUAAUCAGUCCAAAAGAAAAUAUGGAAAUGUGGAUAAAAUUUGCAAACCUAUGCCGAAAAAGUAAUCGCCUCGAGCUAGCAGAAAAAAAUUUAAAGCAAUUGCUAGUAGGCGAGCAGAAAAUAGCCACUGUUCAUCCGUCUAUACUUGCACGAGCUGCACCACAAGUUGUGUACGCUCAUCUAAAAUGGAUGUGGGCAAGUGGAAGUCGCGUUGAUGCACUAUCUCAUCUUCGGGAAUUUACGGGGCGAAUGUCAAGUGAAAUGCGAGGAAAUAAUUCCUUGCUUGCUCGAUGUUGUUUAAAGAAAGGCGAGUGGCAGAUGUUUUUGCAAGAGGAUUGGAGUGAAGACACUAUUCCCGAUAUACUGCAAUCCUAUUUGCUUGCUACUCAAUACGACAAAGAUUGGUACAAGGCCUGGCACGCAUGGGCUUUGGCAAAUUUCGAAGUAGUGUCACACUUUGAAAAACUUCACAAUUCAGAAAAUUCAAUAGAGGACUUAAACAACGUUGAGAUUCCGGACGAAGCAAUGACAGCAAUGCAUCAAGAGGCCUUACGAUAUGUAGUACCUUCUGUCCAAGGCUUCUUCCAAUCAAUUGCUCUAUCUCGUGGCAAUUGUUUACAAGAUACUUUACGACUUCUCACAUUAUGGUUUAAAUAUGGAUAUCAACCUGACGUUAGUGCUGCGCUGAAUGAAGGUUUCAAUAGCGUGAAUAUUGACACGUGGCUUGAGGUUAUACCACAACUGAUAGCACGCAUACAUGCCCAAAAUCCUAACGUGCGAAAAUUAAUUCAUCAACUUUUGGCGGAAGUGGGUAAAGAACACCCUCAAGCACUUAUAUAUCCACUCACUGUCGCCUCGAAAUCUCAGAGUCAUUAUCGACAAAAAGCAGCAGAAGCAGUGAUGGAUAAAUUGCGUGCACAUAGUGCAGUCCUCGUAGAACAAGCACUUCUUGUAAGCAAAGAACUCAUCCGAGUUGCCAUAAUAUGGCACGAAAUCUGGGCGGAACAAUUAGAAGAAGCCUCAAGGUUGUACUAUGUUGAACGAAAUUAUGAGGCAAUGUUUGUAAUAUUAGACGAGUUACAAGAACGACUAGAUCGUGGACCCGAAACUCUACGCGAAGUUGCUUUCGUUCAAGCAUACGGAAGGGAACUUCAAGAGGCAGGCGUAUGGUGUCGAAAAUAUAAACAGACACUUGAACUUCCUUUCCUCACGCAAGCGUGGCAAUUAUAUUAUGAUAUGUUUAAAAAGAUCACGACACAAGUUGCUUCAAUCACUACAUUAGAGUUACAAUAUGUGUCUCCCAAGCUCUUAGCGGCGCGAGAUUUGGAGUUAGCGGUUCCAGGAACGUAUCGUAGUGGAGAACCAGUCAUAAAAAUAAAGAGCUUCUUCCCAACUGUUAAUAUUAUAUCAUCUAAACAACGGCCGAGAAAACUGCACCUUAAAGGAAAUGAUGGUCGUGACUAUCAAUUCCUGUUAAAAGGGCAUGAAGAUUUACGUCAAGAUGAGCGUGUGAUGCAAUUAUUUGGACUCGUAAAUACAUUAUUAUCAAUCGAUCCUGAGACAUUCAAGAGACAUCUAAACAUACAACGUUACACAGUCACUCCGCUGACCCCCAAUAUUGGAUUGCUCGGAUGGGUUCCCAACUGUGAUACUUUACAUUCUCUUAUUAGAGAUUAUCGGGAGAGUAAGAAGAUAUUGCUUAAUAUUGAACAUCGACUCAUGUUACAGAUGGCGCCUGAUUACGACCAACUUUCCAUAAUGCAGAAGGUUGAAGUGUUCGAAUAUGCUUUAAAUAACACGACCGGUCAAGAUUUAUACAAAGUAUUAUGGUUGAAAAGUAAAAAUUCCGAAGCAUGGCUAGAGCGAAGGACGAAUUAUACGCGUUCUUUGGCGGUUAUGUCCAUGGUCGGCUAUAUUCUAGGAUUAGGCGACAGGCAUCCUUCUAAUAUCAUGCUCGAUCGGUUUACUGGGAAGAUAGUUCACAUCGAUUUUGGCGAUUGCUUUGAGGUUGCCAUGACGCGUGAAAAAUACCCGGAAAAAAUUCCGUUCCGGCUAACAAGAAUGCUUGUAACCGCAAUGGAGGUGAGCGGGAUUGAAGGCAAUUUCCGUACUACUUGUGAGGCAGUAAUGAGUGUAUUACGAAACAACAAAGAAAGUCUCAUGGCCGUCUUAGAAGCAUUUGUUCAUGAUCCUCUGAUUAAUUGGAGGAUCAUGGCAGCACCAAGUCCGCGAUUAGAAGGGGAAAAUCCAGGAAACGCAUUAUCAACAAAUCGUCGAGCACGCGAUAUUAUACAUCGUAUAUCCAAUAAAUUGACUGGCAAGGACUUUAACGAGAACCAAACUCUUGAUGUACCUUCGCAAGUCGAUAAGCUAAUACAACAAGCAGUUUCGAUCGAGAAUCUGUGCCAAUGUUAUAUAGGAUGGUGUGCGUUCUGGUGA